AUGGUCAAGCUCUGUUGUGCUAUCGUUGGUGCAGCGGGCAAUGCGUUUUCAGUGGACAUUAACGAUACUGAGUCGGUCGCGGCGUUGAAAAAGGGAAUCAAGAAGAAGAAUCCAAACACGAUCAAGUGCGAUGCCAACAGGUUGCAGCUCUUCCUAGCCAAGACGGAGGGCGGCGUGUGGAUCGAUGAGGCUGGUGCGGCUUCUGUGGCACUCGAUGAACGUGGAUACCCGCAAGGCUAUGUGCAGAUGAGAGCCACACUAGAUCAAGAAUCCCAAGCUUUUUGGCGAUAA